UAAGUUUUCACACAUCAAAAAUCCUUUCUCUCCUUCUCAUUAAUCCCUCAAACCUCUCUCAAAAUUAAUGGCUUUCAACAUGAGAAAAGAUUUACUCACAUUUGCUCUAUUGGGAGUUUUUGCCUUGGCCAUUAUUCCCCAACAUGUGAUGUCUCAAAACUGUGGCUGUGCUGCAAACUUGUGUUGCAGUGAGUUUGGUUACUGUGGCACUGGCGAUGCCUACUGUGGCAAGGGGUGUAAGGAGGGUCCUUGCACCUCAACACCGUCGACACCAUCGCCGACUCCAACUAGUGGUGGUUCUGUUGCUAGUAUUGUUACAACUGCAUUUUUUGAUGGGAUAAAGAAUCAAGCAGAUGCAAGCUGUGCUGGAAAGAGCUUCUACACAAGAGAUGGAUUUAUUAGUGCUGCCAACUCGUUUCCUCAAUUUGGAUCAGGCACCGCUGAUGAAUCCAAGCGUGAGAUUGCUGCAUUUUUUGCUCAUGUUACUCAUGAAACUGGACAUUUAUGCUACACUGAAGAGAUUGACAAGUCAAAUGCCUACUGCAACACAACAAACACACAGUACCCAUGUGUCGCCGGAAAGAAAUACUACGGCCGUGGACCAAUGCAGCUCACCUGGAACUACAACUACGGAGCUUGCGGAAAAGAUAUCGGAUUCGAUGGACUCAACGCUCCCGAAACAGUGUCCAAUGACCCUGCUGUCUCCUUCAAGGCUGCCUUGUGGUUCUGGAUGUCCAACGUUCACUCAGUUAUGAACCAGGGCUUUGGGGCUACAAUUCAGAAAAUUAAUGGCGCUCUUGAAUGUGGUGGCAAGCAACCCGACAAGGUUAACGCUCGUAUCGGAUAUUACACUGAUUAUUGCAAGCAGUUCGGUGUUGAUCCUGGCCAGAACCAGUCAUGCUAGACGCUUAAUUUUCAGAGCUUUUAUAGUUAUAAUUAAGUUUGGUGAUGAAAUAAGUACUUGUUUCAUAAAGAGUUGUUUUAUUAAACAAUUUAUUUGAGUACAAAUCUGUUGGAGUUUCAUGUAACUCGAACGAAAUAAAUGAAAUAAAGAGAAAUUAUAGAUUUAAGUAUGAUAAA